GCGUCGCUCGCGCUAAUGGGACGGACGUUGUAACGGUCCCCUGUUCUGAGGGCGUUUGGUGUUUUUUUCUCUUCGCUGUUUAUCACUCUGCAUCGCAAAGGGCGACCAGCGGUGUGUUUAUGUCUUUGUUUUACGAAAACGGCGAGUACCUGGACGUCAGGAGCUGCGGAUGGGAAAGAGCUGUUGGACAGCUGUUGAAACCUGUGUGGGGGGAACUUAGUCUACGAGCUUUCAGCUCAGAGCCUCGGUGGCCAUACCUUUUUCAUGUCAGAGACAGACUCCUCUUGCAGUCGUUUAUGUCAUCCCCUCCUUUCCAGACAGAAGAUAGCAAAAAUUACCAAUUCAAGCUCUUUUCGUCUUGCUGAUAAAUCCUACAGCAAGCCAAAAUGUCUGUCAAUGUCAACCGCAGCGUUUCGGACCAGUUCUAUCGCUAUAAGAUGCCCCGUCUGAUCGCUAAGGUGGAAGGCAAAGGAAAUGGAAUCAAGACAGUCAUAGUCAACAUGGUUGACGUUGCAAAGGCACUGAAUAGGCCUCCAACUUAUCCUACAAAGUUCUUUGGCUGCGAGUUGGGAGCCCAGACCCAGUUUGAUGUCAAGAACGACCGCUACAUUGUCAAUGGAUCUCAUGAGGCGAACAAACUGCAAGAUAUGCUGGAUGGGUUCAUUCGCAAGUUUGUGCUGUGUCCUGAGUGUGACAAUCCAGAAACUGAUUUGCACAUCAACCCCAAAAAGCAGACCAUAGGAAACUCCUGCAAGGCCUGUGGAUACCGGGGCAUGCUGGACACUAGACACAAACUCUGUACCUUCAUUCUCAAAAAUCCACCUGAGAAUGAGAGUGGAUCUGUCAAGAAGGAGAAAGAGAAGAAGAACCGCAAGAAAGACAAGGAAAAUGGCUCAAAUAGCGGGGAGGCUGGGCAGCGUAAUGACAUAGAUGCCCCUGACGCUGUGGAUGGUGAUGACGAUGAUGAAGAUUGGGCUGAAGAGACUACUGCAGAGGCUCAGCGGCGCCGCAUGGAGGAGAUCAGCGAGCACGCUAAGGGCCUCACCCUGAGCGAUGACCUGGAGAAGACACUGGAGGAGAGGGUCAACAUGUUCUACAACUUUGUAAAGCAAAAGAAGGAGGAGGGUGUGAUCGUCUCUGCUGAUAAGGAGAUCCUGGCUGAAGCAGAGCGGCUGGAGGUGAGGGCGAUGGGCCCACUCAUCCUGAGCGAGUUGCUUUUCGACGCUAACAUCCGUGAGCAGAUCAAGAAGUACAAGCGUCAUUUCCUUCGAUUCUGUCACAAUGAUAAAAAGGCCCAGAAGUACCUUUUGGGUGGGUUCGAGUGCCUGGUAAAGCUCCAUCAGAGCCAGCUGCUUCCCCGUGUUUCCAUCAUCCUCAAGGACUUGUAUGACUCGGACCUGCUGGAGGAAGAUGUCAUACUUGCAUGGGCUGAGAAGGUGUCAAAGAAAUACGUUUCUAAAGAACUCGCCAAGGAGAUCCAUGCCAAGGCUGAGCCCUUUGUGAAAUGGCUCAAAGAGGCUGAGGAAGAGAGUGAGGGAAGUGAGGAAGAGGAUGUGGAAGAUGAAGACAAUGUGGAGGUGGUGUAUUCCUCCUCUGCACGUGAACUGAAGAUGGAAACAGCAAAGCCGGAGAAGGCCGAAAAAGAAGAGGAAGACAUUGAUAUUGAUGCCAUUUAAAAACUUGGUUGUUGCCUUGACACUUGCAAAGCUGCUGGUGGUCAGAUGCAUGCAUUUAAACUAUUUCUGCUUUUCAGCUGUAGGCUUGCAUUAGUGCUUUGCUAGAAAGCUUUAGUCACUUCACCUGAUGACGUGUUGCCAUUCUGUUUGUAUGCAUGAAAUUCUUUAGAUUGUAGGGGACUAAAUUCACAGGGUUUUUUUUCCCUUUCUUGUAAUUUUGCAACUAUUAAAGAAUGUAUGUUUGCCAGUGAAA